UGCCAUCAUCAGCUCCCAUUCAGGAGUAAGAUUUCAAGAAAACAAAAAUGGCAGCCGCAGCCAUCUCCACCUCUCUUAACCUCAAACCUUCUUCCAUCACCGGCCUCCAGAAGCCGGCGGCGAAAGGCCUUCCUUCACUUACCAAAACCUCCUUCAAGAUUCAAGCCAGCGGUAUCAAGAAGAUCAAAACCGACACGCCUUACGGAACUGGAGGAGGUAUGCAACUGAGAGAUGGUGUAGAUGCAUCCGGAAGGAAGCCAACUGGAAAGGGUGUUUACCAGUUUGUUGAUAAGUAUGGUGCUAAUGUUGAUGGAUACAGUCCUAUCUAUAAUGAAGACGAAUGGGCACCAAGUGGUGAUGUCUAUGCUGGGGGGACGACAGGGUUGUUGAUAUGGGCUGUUACCUUGGCUGGAAUUCUAGGAGGAGGUGCUCUUCUAGUCUACAGCACAAGUGCUUUGGCACAGUAGAAUCAAUCUAUAUAUGCUUCUGUAUGUUUAAUAUUUCUUGUAUUUUCGUCCAUUUUAUGGAAUUGUUUAAGUAAAUGUGUACAAUAUAAUACAUCAAAUCUUGUUCUUGUUUACUAAUUCCUAUGUUUAUGCAUGCAACCAAUUACGCUUG